AUGGAGGGAGAAAACGAUUUAGAUAUUUUAGCUCGAUUAAGCGUACCAAUUGUUUGGCAUACACUAGAAGAGUAUAAUGUUCGUAUUGAAGAUUUAGAAGACUCACGAUUUGAGGAAGCCAUGAAAUUUAUUAAGGUACAUUUUGUACCACAUGAUAUUCUAUCCAGAUGUGGUGGAUUAGCUGAUGAUCCAGACCAAAUUCAAACAUUUUUAGAACGAAUGUUAUUUAAUAUGCAAGAUUAUACAAGUCUCAUUGCUGUCGAUAAUGUAUCAGAAAAAAUAAUUGGAGUCUUAAUUAAUCGUGUGAUGCGUUUUAGUGAGCAUUCAAAAACACAAAGUCGAGUACGAUUUUUGGAAGGUGAUAGUGUACGAAAAAUUAUCAAAAUUUGGAGUUUAAUUAUAGCACGUUCAAAUGUCUUUCAAUAUUUCGAUACGGAUUGUGUUCUACGAAAUUAUAUUUUAUGUGUCAAGCCAAGAUUCCGUAGGAAAGGUAUUGGUCGCCAAUUAAUGCUAACUUCUUUUGAAUUAGCUGCAAGCUUAGAAAUGGGUGCUGUUAUGGGAAUAUAUACAACAGGUGCAUUGCAACAAAUGGGCAAAAGUUUAGGAAUGGAAAUUCUUGCUGAAAUAUUCUAUAUUGAUUAUAUAAUUGACGGUGAAAUGGUGUUUGAUGACCCAGGUGCUGGUAAUUAUACAAUUGCUUUAAUGGCACGACGAGUUGAACCCACGGAGACGGUGGAUGUUGAAGCAGACGAAGCUGAAAUACCAAAAACUUGAAAAUGCCACACCAUAUAAAAACAACACUAUAUUUUUUUUUUUAUAU